GGCUCGUCGGCGGAAGGGCGCCGCCGUGCAGGCCCGGUCGCGAUGUGUGCCUGAGGUGUGUGUCGCGGCCUGCCGGCACUUUGGCGUCGUUCUGUGUCGCGUCGCACCAUGGGCGCCCGCGCGGGCUGACGGGGCCCGCCGCCACGGAAAAAUGAGUGGUGGGUUGGCACCAAGCAAAAGCACAGUGUAUGUGUCCAAUUUACCCUUUGCUUUGACAAACAACGACCUGUACAGGAUCUUUUCCAAGUAUGGGAAGGUUGUCAAAGUUACUAUUAUGAAAGACAAAGACACCAGGAAGAGCAAAGGAGUCGCCUUUAUUUUGUUUUUGGACAAAGAAUCUGCACAAAACUGUUCUCGGGCACUCAAUAACAAACAGCUGUUUGGAAGAGUAAUAAAAGCAAGUAUUGCCAUUGAUAAUGGAAGAGCAGCAGAAUUCAUUCGCAGGCGUAACUACUUUGAUAAAUCUAAGUGUUAUGAAUGUGGGGAAGCAGGUCACUUAAGUUACGCUUGUCCUAAAAAUAUGCUAGGAGAGCGAGAGCCACCAAAAAAAAAGGAGAAGAAAAAGAAAAAGAAAAUAGCUGAGCCAGAAGUUGAGGAGGAGGAAGAGAGCGACGAGGAAGGAGAAGACCCUGCUCUAGAUAGCCUCAGCCAAGCCAUAGCUUUUCAGCAAGCCAAAAUUGAGGAAGAACAACAAAGAUGGACCCAGACUGCAGGAGAAUCCUCAAUUUCAGAUGAUUCAAAGCGUCCACGGAUUAAGAAAAGUGCUUAUUUCAGUGAUGAGGAAGAACUUAGUGAUUGACAUAAUACUGAUGUAUAUGCAUAUAUAAUUUAUAUAGUGUACAUUUUGUAAAGUGCUUCAAAGUUAUUUGAAAUACAGAUUUGUCUUGGUGCAAAGACAUUUAGAAAUUGUGUUGUGGUUCUACUCUGUCCCUCAAACCUUCAGUAUUUUGAUAUCUCUCUCAAAACUUCUUUCAAGGCAGCUUCUUAAGAAAAUUAUGUAUUUCUACACUUGAACUCAGAGAAAUGUCUGUGAGUGAAAUAUUUCAUGAGAGAGUUUCCCUAGUUUCUUUUCUUAAGUGGAGUUUCUCUUGGGAUCACUGUUAGCAUCGCUUAGCUUUAUAUAUCUGUUUCCUGCCUGCUUGGAAGCAUCAUCUUAGUAGUUCUUUAGUAGCAUAGGAAUCUUUUCACUGGUUCUUCUACAUAAGGUUGAUUUUCAACCUUAAACAUUAUACUUGUAUUUUUAAGUCUUCAUACAGCAAUAUAAUAAAUUCCUGUCACAUCA